AGUGUUGGCUGGUGGAAGAGGAGGAGGAGGAGGAGGAGGAGGAAGAAGGAGAUAAGCUUCCCUAUAAAGGGAGUAUGUUGAAAGGUGGAGAGGCAGUAGUCAGAUCAUCUUUCUUGCGUCAUGACAACUCUGGCUCUCCUUCUUCCUCUUCUCGCCCUUGGCGGGGUGGCGAACGCUGCCGUGACGUUGCCAAGGGGCGUGGAGGAGAGUCUCACCCUGGACAAUGGGCUAAGCAGGGGCACGUGGGGGCCCAUCGAACUGUGUACCGAUGGUUCUUACGUCUUCGCCUUCGAGAUUAAAUACUCUGGCGUCGGUUACCUGGACGACACGAGUGUGAACGCCAUCAGACUGUAUUGCCAGACUGCGGAGGGUGCUCUUACCAACAUUAUCAUCAGCGCCGAGGGAAGUUUCGGGCAGUGGCAGGGCAUGAGGUCGUGUCCUUUUGGUGAGUACAUGACGGGCGUGCGAGCCAACGUGGUGCCUGACCAGGGGACGCUUGGUGACGACCUGGGCAUGGACAACCUGCAGAUGAGGUGCUCGGGCGGCAACGUGCUUGAUGGGCUGUACGGCACGCCCAACAAGAAAGGCAAGAGUCCCGUGGUGGCGCGUGAGAUGACCAAGAUAGAAGGAAGGGAAGUGGAGGCAGUGUACAUGAAGCUUCAACGUUCUGCCCACACGAGGGACUAUGGAGACUGGGGGACGUGGCGGGCGUGCUCUGCGGCCAAAGUGUGCGGGCUGCAGGUGCGACUCGAAGACAACCACCCGCUGGAUGACGACGCGGGGGUGACUGAUGCUGUUAUUUUCUGCUGUACCUAAUGUGAUGGACGGGAGUAGAUGGGGUCGCCUGUUGGGGAAGGGGGAAGACACAGUGUCCUUCACCUUCUAGUCCCCAAUGGAAAGCCACUGUAAGGGCAAGCAGUAAUAGAGAUGCUUCCUGGUGCUCUAAUGUUGGAGACUCGACAGUGAUGCCAAUAAAGGUGUGAAUGUC